AUGAAUCCUUCGCUACUCCUGACUGCUCUUUGCGUGGGAAUAGCCUCGGCUGCUCCAAAACUUGAUCUCAGAGCAGAUGCACAGUGGAACCAGUGGAAGGCAACACACGGGAAACGCUAUAAUGAGAAUGAAGAAGGAUGGAGGAGAGCGGUGUGGGAGAAGAACAUGAAAAUGAUCGAACUGCACAACCGGGAACACGGCCAAGGGAGACAUAACUUCACCAUGGCCAUGAAUGCCUUUGGCGACAUGACCAGUGAGGAGUUCAGGCAGGUGAGGAAUGGUUUUCAAAACCAGAAGCACAAGAAGGGGGAAAUGUUCCAAGAACCUGCCUUAGCCGAGGUGCCCCGAUCUGUGGACUGGAGAGAGAACGGCUGGGUCACGCCUGUGAAGGACCAGGGUCAGUGUGGUUCUUGUUGGGCUUUUAGUGCAACUGGAUCCCUUGAAGGACAGAUGUUCCGGAAAACUGGCAAACUUGUCUCGCUGAGUGAGCAGAACCUGGUGGACUGCUCCCGGGCUCAGGGCAACGAGGGCUGCGAUGGUGGCCUCAUGGAUAAUGCCUUCCAGUACGUCAAGGACAACCAAGGCCUGGACACAGAGGAAUCCUACCCAUAUUGUGGAACGGAUGACACUUGCAAAUACAAGCCUGAGUUUUCUGCUGCCAAUGACACUGGCUUCAUGGACAUCCGUAAGAACGAGAGGUCCCUUAUGAAAGCAGUGGCCAGUGUGGGGCCCAUUUCCGUUGCUAUCGAUGCAAGCCUUGCAUCCUUCCAGUUCUAUGAAAAAGGCAUUUAUUAUGAUCCGGACUGCAGCAGCGAGGAACUGGAUCAUGGUGUUCUGGUGGUUGGCUAUGGCUUUGAAGGAGGAGAAUCGGAUAACAAUAAAUAUUGGAUUGUCAAGAACAGCUGGGGCACAAAGUGGGGCACGGAUGGCUACAUAAAGAUGGCCAAGGACCAGGAUAACCACUGUGGGAUCGCCUCCAUGGCCAGCUACCCUACUGUGUGA